UUAUGGCUUUUACCUCACAGAAGAACUGCUUCUGCUUCCUGGUGCUUUGGUUUUUGUUAAGCAUAGCUUCUGCACAAUUGUCCUCAGAUUAUUAUGCAACAAGAUGCCCAAGAGCCCUUUCGACUGUUCGGACUGCAGUUAUUAAUGCAGUGGUGAAGGAGCAUCGCAUGGGAGCAUCCUUGCUCCGUCUCCAUUUUCACGAUUGCUUUGUUAAUGGAUGUGAUGCAUCUGUGCUAUUAGAUGACACUGCAAAUUUUACUGGGGAGAAAACAGCUUUACCAAAUUUGAACUCAUUGAGAGGAUUUGAUGUGGUCGAUACUAUAAAAUCUCAGCUGGAAAGUAUCUGCCCGGGGGUUGUUUCCUGUGCUGACAUCCUCGCCAUCGCAGCCCGUGAUUCAGUUGUUUCAUUGGGAGGGCCUUCUUGGAUAGUUCAGUUGGGCAGAAGAGACUCCACCACAGCAAGUUUAAGUGCUGCAAAUUCUGAACUCCCAUCUCCGAGCCUAGAUGUUAAUGACCUCAUCUCUGCCUUCUCGAAUAAAGGCUUUAGUGCCAAAGAAUUGGUAGCUCUCUCAGGAUCUCACACAAUGGGGCAAGCCAAGUGUGUUUUGUUCCGAGACCGGAUCUACAAUGAGACUAGUAUCAACUCAGCAUUUUCUACAUCAUUGAAAUCAAACUGUCCAAACUCAGGGAGUGAUGACAACCUUUCCCCACUGGAUGUUACAAGUCCGGUUUUCUUCGACAACGCUUAUUACAAGAACUUGGUGAAUAGCAAGGGUCUCUUGCAUUCUGACCAACAACUCUUCAGUGGUGGUUCCACAGAUUCUCAGGUUACAACUUACAGCACCACAGCUUCAGCAUUCUUUGCAGAUUUUGCCAAUGCCAUGGUGAAAAUGGGGAACCUCAACCUGCUUACUGGAUCUAAUGGUCAAAUUCGUACAAACUGCCGCAAAAUAAAUUGAACUGCUCAGCACGAGAAACGUUAUCUAGCUAGUUCAGUGAAAUCAACUGAUUCAUAUCAUAGUAAUUGUUGUUUUUACUUAUUCCAGUAAAAUGAAAGAAUAUGUUUUAUGUUGUACUUGUAUACCGACGCCAAAGUUAAAAUGUUGAAAAAAUAAAUCCGUAAAGAAGUUUAGGGUGAUUAAAAGGCUGUUUCGUGGCUACCUUCUAGCUUUGAUUGAUGAAACUAUCGAAUAAAAUGAACCUAAA